AUGUCGGCCACCGAGCGAAAACUGCGCAGCCUCAAAGCCCGUCGGCGCAGUUUAUCAACAUCCUUCCUCAACAUCAGCAGAUUCGUCGAUGGUUUCCAAGAACCCCGAGACACCGCAGAGGCACCAGUCCGACUAGAAGCAGUCGUCGAAAUCUGGUCCGAGUACGCGAAGGUCCAGUCUGAGUUGGAAACCCUGGACGAAACACCUGAAGCACUAGAUAAGUACCUCGAGCAAAAAACUGCCUUUGAAACAGCAUACUACAGGGUAAAGGGAUUUCUGCUGCAAAAAUGCCCCCCACAAGCCACAGUACAAACACCAUCUCACAUUACACAGCCCCAUAACACGCACGUUAAAUUGCCCGACGUUAAACUGCCCAUAUUUUGUGGAAAUGUUGAGAACUGGCUCAACUUCCACGAUUUAUUUGUUUCACUCGUUCACUCGUCGCAAGAAUUAUCGAGCAUUCAAAAAUUUUAUUACUUGCGCUCAUCACUAUCAGGAGAAGCACUAAAACUUGUUCAAACUAUCCCGAUAUCCGCCACAAAUUAUCCCGUUGCUUGGAAUUUGCUAUCACAGCAUUACCAAAACUCGCGAAUGCUAAAAAGAACAUAUGUUCAAGCCCUUUUCGACUUCCCGAUAUUUCGCCGAGAAUCUCAUAAUGAUUUACAUUCGUUGGUCGAAAAAUUCGAAGCCAACGUACGCAUUCUAAAGCAGCUAGGAGAAGCCACCGAACAUUGGGACCUUUUGUUGAUCCAUCUUCUUGCUAGCCGCUUAGAUCCCAUCACCCGUCGGGAUUGGGAAGAACAUUCGUCCGCUUCCGAAACCACUACUUUUAAAGAACUUACCGAUUUCAUCCAGCGCCGAGUAAAUGUUCUCGAACAAUUGUCGUCCAAGCCACCAAAUGAAUCCCAAUCCCAACCCCAAUCACAAUCACAUUAUCGUCGUCCCAAUAACACCCGUUCAGCCAACCACACUUCAUUCCCAGAGCCCAGAAUGCGAAAAUGUAUCGCUUGCCCCCAAGACCACAGCCUUUUCCAAUGCCCCAGUUUCACAAGAUUACCACUGAUUGAAAAAACUGCACUCGCGAAACGAAACCGGCUAUGUUUAAAUUGUUUCCGACGAGGACACUAUGCGCGCGAAUGUCCGUCGGAUAACUGCUGCAAAAAUUGCCGAUCCAGACAUCACACGCUUCUCUGCCCCAACACACAUACCCACACCAAUUCAAACUCCGCUAGAACAAUCGCCAACACACCACCGGUCAGCGCCGAACAACAAUCGUCAUCGUCAGUUCCAGCUGCUGCUCCGAGAAUCAACGUAGCUCACUCCGGGAUCACCAGCACCAGCACCAGUUGCCACUCACAAGCCUUCGAUCGAUCCCGAGUAAUCUUAGCCACGGCCUUUGUGGUGGUAGUCGAUGACGUAGGAAACCAAUAUUUAGCUCGUGCCUUACUCGAUUCUGGCAGCGAAUGUUGUUUUGCCACCAGUCGCUUGUACAACCUCAUGAAGGUCAGAAGAAGCAAAGUUAAUGUUCCCAUAGCAGGAAUUGGAAGCUCAUCGACGAAAGUCAAGUUCCAAUUUAAUGCAAUCAUUAAGUCCCGCACAUCAGAUUACACAACAACACUACCAUUCCUAAUUCUACCAAAAGUCACCAUAGAUCUGCCCACUAUUAACGUUAACACUUCCCAAUGGCCAAUCCCCAAAAACCUACAAUUUGCCGAUCCCGAUUUCCAUCAAAGGCACACUAUUGAUCUCGUGCUGGGAGCCGAGAUAUUUUUCGAUCUUUUUUCACCCCCUGGUCAUAUCUACUUGGGUGAAUCAAUGCCGUCGGUAAUCAAUUCUGUAUUCGGAUGGGUCGUCUCGGGAAAAACAACAUCCAACGCAAGCAUUCCACAAACCACCCCUAAGACUUGUCAGGUAGCCACUCUCAAAAGAUUGGAAAACCAAAUGGAAAAGUUUUGGUUAAUAGAUGAAAGCGCAUUCCCAUCAUCAUCUUAUUCCCCCGAAGAAAGCAAGUGCGAAGAAUUUUUCUGCCGUACCGUUAGUCGCAAUUCCGAAGGUCGCUACAUCGUUUGUUUACCAGUGAAACGUGACGUCAUCAAUCAGCUGAGCGACAACUCAAGAUCAGCUGUUCGUCGGUUCCAGUUGAUGGAGAAUCGACUCCAAAAAGAACCUUCGCUAGGUGAGAAAUACAGAGAGUUCAUGACGGAGUAUAUUCGGCUCGGUCACAUGGAACUAGUGACCGAGUGCGAGCAUACUACCAAACAGGCAUACUAUCUCCCUCACCAUCCCGUUAUCCGAGAUUGCAGCACUACGACCAAGGUCCGUGUCGUAUUCGAUGCGUCAAGCCGAUCCUCCACGGGUGUAUCGCUCAACAAUGCGCUGAUGGUGGGCCCCACAAUACAACAAGACUUGCGAGCGAUCGUGAUGCGCUCUCGAUUGUACCCGUUUGUUUUGGUUGCUGAUAUAGAAAAAAUGUAUCGGCAAAUUCUCGUGCAUCCUGAUGAUACCCCACUACAGAGAAUCUUCUGGCGCUCAUCUCCCGAUCAACCGAUACAAACGUACGAGCUCAAGACGGUGACGUAUGGCACAGCUUCGGCUCCUUUCCUGGCAACUCGAGUUCUCAAACAGCUGGCAAUCGAUGAGGCGGAGGGUUUCCCGAAGGCAGCGAGGGUUAUCAGAGAGGAUGUCUACAUGGACGAUAUCUUCUCCGGGGCACAGACGGUGGCAGAAGCAGUCGAGCUGCGAGACCAGCUGGUAGCGAUGUGCCUCAAGGCUGGCUUUCCGCUACAGAAAUGGGCUUCGAACGACGAAGCGAUUAUGCAUGGCAUUCCUGCUGAGCGACGGGCGCUUCAGCAGUCGAUAAAUUUCGAUCAUGAUCAGACACUAAAAACACUUGGGCUUCAUUGGGAACCGGGCACAGAUUUACUGAAAUUUAGUAUCGAUUUGAAACCUCCGACAGAUGCUAAACUCACAAAAAGGGCAACUCUUUCGUGCAUUGCGCAACUUUUCGACCCGUUGGGACUAGUGGGUUGA